CCCCCUCCCCUGCCCCAGCUAAUUAUUUUCCUCCUCUCCACCCUCCUUCCCCCAUUACUUCUUGGGAGCUUCCUCUUCUGUCACUCCUGUUACCUCCCCCUAUGGCCGCCUCCAUUCUCUUUUUAUUCCUCGCUUCUCUCUCUUUACUUCUUCUUCCCUCCCACUCCAAACUCUCCUUGGACUAUUACAGCAAAUCCUGCCCCCAGUUCCCUCACAUCAUCCAGGAUACCAUUACCAACAAGCAGAUCACCAGCCCCACCACCGCCGGCGCCACCCUCCGCCUCUUCCUUCACGACUGCCUCCCCAACGGCUGUGACGCCUCCGUCCUCAUCUCCUCCACUCCCUUCAACAGGGCUGAGCGCGACGCCGACAUCAACCUCUCCCUCCCCGGCGACGGCUUCGAUGUCAUUGUCCGCGCCAAGACCGCUCUCGAGCUCGCUUGCCCCAACACUGUCUCCUGCGCCGACAUCCUCGCCGUCGCCACUCGCGACCUCGUUACCAUGCUCGGCGGCCCCUACUACAAUGUCUACCUUGGUCGCAGGGACGGCCGCGUUUCCAUGGCUUCCACUAUCGAGGGCAAUCUCCCCAGACCAACCAUGCCAAUGUCGCAGAUCAUCGAGAUCUUCUCCUCCAGAGGAUUCUCCGUCCAAGAAAUGGUGGCCCUGAGCGGAGCCCACACCAUUGGAUUCUCCCAUUGCAGCGAAAUCAGCAGAGAUAUCUACAACUACAGCACCUCUUCCCUUUACGAUCCUAACUACAACCCUCGAUUCGCGCAGGGGUUGCAGCAGGCAUGCUCAGAUUACAAGAAGAAUCCCACGUUAUCUGUGUUCAAUGACAUAAUGACCCCCAAUAAGUUCGAUAAUAUGUACUUCCAGAACCUCCCAAAGGGCCUGGGGGUUUUGAAAUCGGAUCACGGGCUGUACAACGACCCGAGAACGCGGCCGUUUGUGGAACAGUUCGCAGCGGACGAGAACAAGUUCCUUCAGGCGUUUGGACAGGCAAUGCAGAAACUGAGUCUCUUGGGAGUGAAGACCGGACGGAAAGGAGAGAUCAGGCGAAGAUGCGAUCAAGUGAACUGAUGUUUGAGUUGAAGCCAUGGGUAUGCGGGGAGAGUAAUAUUGUUAGUUUCGAAAUUAAUUCUUGGUUGCGAGCGUCAGACGGUGAUAAUUAUGUUCUCAUUCAUAUAUCUAUCUGUGAAGUUGAUAUUUCUAGAAGGAUCAAUUAUACAUCCACAUACGUAGUUACUUAGUGUGAGCCGGUUUAAGCUGUUGGUCUUUAAAUGCUUUUCGAUCAUCUCCAACUGUCAUGAAGUCCAAUAAAGCCCUCUUUUCCCUGCU